AGAAAUGAAAUAUAUCGUAUUACUAGGACUCGUACUUGCAGUCACUUUGGCUCAAGUUCCAAUCCCUGAAAGACCAACUGGAAUUCUUUACAGAGAGGCUCCUUUGGCUAAGCUCAGAAUGGACAUCUAUGAGGAUCUCCUUUGUGGGGAUUGUAAGAACUUUGAUCCUCCAUUCAAGCAAUUCUUGAAUACCACUUACAAUGAUAGACCAAUCACAGACUACAUUGAGGUCUAUUUCCAUCCAUUCAUUUUGCCACUUCACAUCAAUGCUUUCACUAUGACUCAGUUGUCUCCUUACAUCUGGGACUUGAACCAUGACGGAGAGGUCAAUGCUGCCUUCAACGAGUGGGCUUUCGAGCAUCAACUUGAGUUCAAGGGACCAGAAGGUCUAGCAAUGAGCCAAUAUGAUGUUAUGGACAAGACUUGUCAUGACACUGCUGACAAGUUCGGAUAUACUGAAGAACAAUGCCUCGAGGUUCUUAAAAAUGGAACUUACGAGCAGGAGAUCCACAAGGCUCAGAAGUACGGAACAUGGUACAAGGUCUACACUACCCCAGGAGUUUUCCUCAACGGAGUCAUGAUUGAAGACUAUCCAGACACUGCUGAAAAAUGGACCAGGUUCAUGAAUCGCUACCUUCGUUAAUC